GUACCGUCACUGAGUGCUGGCAGUUGCUGGGGCCGCGUCGGAGAGCGGCUCUGGAGAGGGCUCGGUAUUUAUGCGAUUUGUGAAUGCGGUGUGAGGCGGCGGUGGUGGUAUUGGCGCUGUUGCCCCUUCGGACUGAGGGGAAAGUGUGUGGAGGCUCUCCUAGCUGCAGCUGUGGCUUUAACGAGAGAAGUGGCAACUGGCUUUCUUCGAGCUGACUGAGCGACGGUGAAGUUUCCCACAGGAAACGUGGCUACUGAGCUCAACAGUGGGGGGAGUCAGAUCAAAGGCUAAGUAUGCUACAUGAAAUAGACGAGAUUUUGGGAGUUACUUCUGACCAGGAAAGUGCCCUUGAUGGUGGUGUCACGUCAGGAUCCAGGAUGAUGGACCAAAGCUUGUCAGCUCUAAUGAAGGAGUAUUAUGAACAAGUGGAAGAAAUAAGAAAACAGCAGCAGCUUUAUUUGGUACAAAUGAGAGGGAUGAGACAAAAUCUUGAAAAAGUCACUCGGGAAAAUGAAAGGCUGCAUGCAGAGUUGAAAGAGGCUAUUGAGAAGCAACUGGACGCCUUUCCUUUCGAUUCUCUAGGAACUAAUGUUAUUGCAGAUGAAUAUACAGUGAAAAACCUUCAAGAGCAACUAGAACUGGAAACUCAAGCAAAGGAGCGAGCAGUAGAGCUUUGGCAGACUCUAGUACAGGAGCAUGAUCUACUCCAGCAGAAGUACCAGGAACACCUGACUGAAACAGAGAUUCACAUGGUUGAAAUGCAGAAGCAUAAAGAUCAGCUGACUGGUUUUCAGCGGUUGACUCAGCAACUUCGCGUAGCCAAUGAAAAAAAGGAGUUCACUAAUCAACAGCUUCUGCAAAUUGUAGCACAACAAAAUGUGGAACUACAGGACCAACAAAAACAACUGAGGCAAGCCAGAAAAGAUGAGCAGGCAGCAAAUGUUAAGGUUGAUGAAAUGACCAGAUCAACAGAAAGGCUUCAAAGCCAAUUGGAGAGAAAGGAAGAAAAGAUGUUAUUUGACCAGCAAAGAGAAGCAGCAUAUGGCAGACACUUGUAUCAAAUGCAGACUAGGAUAAAACAACUAGAAGCAAGAUUAAGCAUUGCUGUACAAGAUGAUCAACGCCAGAGAAAAGAAAGAGCAGCCUGGGAGAAACAAACUGUGGAACUUCAGAAAGAGAUUGCUAAUCUAGUAAGGGCAAAGCAAGAUGCUGCUGCAAAAAUCCAAGAUUACAUACAUCUCUUAGAAGAAGCUAACCUACAAAAAAGUUGGGCACUCUCUAGGGAGAAAAAAAAGGAAGAGGAGAUUAAAAAAAUGAAAUAUGAAAUGUCUCAAUUCGCAGAAGAUAAUGCUGCAAGAAUUAGAAAGGCAGUAGACAUGGCAAAGAAGCAGUAUAAGGUGCAGAUUUCUCGACUAGAAGAAGAACUUUCAGCUCUGCAGUUGGAAUGUGGAGAAAAACAGGGUCAAAUUGAACGAGCUAUUAGAGAAAAGAGAGCAGUAGAAGCAGAACUUGAAAAGAUAUACCAGGUAGACGAAGGAUAUGAAUCUGACAACAGAAAACUAGAGCAGCUGCAUCAGAAGUACUUACUUGCAGAGACUACAAAAGGUGAUCUUCAGCUCACUCUUCAGACAACGCAAAAUAAACUGAAACAGCUGGAAAUUAACUUUGAGGAGGAGAAAUCCCGUUCCCAGGAAGUUAUCUGUCAUUUGCAAAACACUUUGAAAUCAGAAAGAAAAAAGAGUGUCUCUAUCAGUGAACAAAGUCUAAAGCUUCAGCAAGAGAAUGAACAGUUGCAAAAAGAAGUGGAGGAAUUGAGAAAACAGGUCGCAGAGGCUGAGCAAAAAGCUAACAUAAAGAUAAGCACAAUGGAGCAUGAGCGUGAUGUUAAAGAGCAUGGAUAUGAAGCUCAACUUAAGGAAAUGGAAGACAGCAAUCUGAAGUCUACUGCUGAACUUACAUGUCUGUUAUUAGCCCAGCAAAAAGCAACAAAUCAAUGGAAAGAAGAAGCAAAAAAAAUUACUGAAACUACAGAAGCCAGGAUCAGUAAGCUAAAAAGAGAGCUAAGUCAACAAAAAAUCUGUAACCAGGAGCUCAUUUCUCAACUGGAAGUUGCAAAUGAAAAGGCAGCCGAGGAUGAAAAAUUAAUGAGGGAAUACCAACAAUACAUCAAUAGGCUUCAAAGGCGUCUAAACCAGGCAGAAGAGAGGGCAAUUACAGCUCAGCCUCAUAACAACACAGAAGAAACAAGCUGCUCCCCUGAAGGAGGUGGAAGAUAUGUAAACACCUGCAUUGUUUCUUCACAUCAUGUUGGAGGUAAGAAGAUUGAUGGAGAAACUUCAUAUUGAAGCAUUGAAGUCAUCAUAGAAUAUCAAAGUUAGAAGAGACCUUAAAAGCUAUCUUGUUCCAUCUCCCUGCCAUGGACAGGGUCAUCUUCUACUACAUCAGGUUGCUCCAAGCCCCAUCCCACCUGGCCUUGAACACUACCAGGGAUGGGGCAGCAGCAGCUUCCCUGGGCACCCUGUGCCAGUGCUUCACCACCCUCACAGUGAAGAAUUUUUUUCACAAUAUCUAAUCUACAUCUACCCUGUUUCAGUUUAAAUUCAUUCCCUGGCCCAUCUCUGCUCCACGGGAAAGCUUGAGGCACCUUCUGCAACCUGAGAUCUGCCCUGCAGCUGCUCUGGGUGAAGGCAUAGGCUACCAUCAGCACAGACAGUAGAGCCCCUCCGCUGGAGCUGUGACCUUUGCUUUUCAACAAGUGCCCACCAUUCUGAGGAUGAGAAAGGACAUGUGCCCCAGCUUGGGCAGGAGGCCUGUGGAAUGUCCCUCCUUCAAAGAGGCGCCGAAAUGCAUAGCAAGGCUUGUAAAACUUAGAUUUUAAGUUCUAAUGUUUAAUCUAAAUGAUUAGGUCUAAAUCUAAACUAUUCUUAAUGUUUUAUCUAAAUGUUUUAAUAAGCACUUCCUAGUUUAUUUAGGUAAAAAAAGGGUGGAUCAAGAUACUCUAUCUGUAGGCAUACUAAAGAUUGGAAGAAGAGCACAAAAUGCCAUUUAAAGGACUUAAAUGUAGCUGCAAAAUGCCUCCCUUACCUUCCAGUGUUAAGAUUUUGGUUCAGUUUGGUUUUAUGCCUCUUUGAAAAAGUUUGUGAAUAAAAUGCUGUUCAGACCGUA